AUGUCCGGCACCACAAUAUCUUCGGAUCGCCCCAACAUUUGCGCCAUUUGUCACCAAAAAGCUUUCGGCUACAAUUAUGAGGUGGUGUCCUGUAACGCGUGCAAAAUGUUCUUCCGGAGAGCACACGCCGAGAAAAUUGACGAUUUUUGCAAAAAGGGCGGAAAAUGCUUCGAUGGUGAUGACUUGUUAACAUCCCGUCCAAAAUGCCGAUCAUGUCGAUACAAAAAAUGCGUGAACCUCGGCAUGCGCUAUCACAACUCCUCCGAAUCGCAAACCCAGUCCGACGAGGAACCAUCUCCUAAACAAUCCGUCGUCGCCGUAGUCCCACAACAUAUAAUCACACAGGCGCACAUCGAUUCGACGUUUUUCCAACACCUUCAUGCUUUGAAUGAGACCCGAUAUAAUGCUUACUGUGUCAUUAAUAUUUGUGAAGAUCCCAGUUUUUGUGACCUGGUUGCUCAGGGCUCAAAGCUUUCAGUGUACUUGAGACCGCAAGAAAUCGAAUGGGAGAACACAGAGCGAAAACUGAAGCCUUGGGGCUCGCUGGGAGUUUUACUCGCUGUAGAAGUUUGUAAGGGACUUAGUUUCUACAACGAUCUUCUACUUUCAGAUAGGGUGCUGCUCCUAAAAAAUGUCGCCUUCAAAAGCCAUCACCUUUCAGUGGCCUAUGACUCGUUCAUCCAGAAGAAGGGUCGAGUUUUGGCGCCAACGGGCACCGAAAUGUUUCCAGAUGUACUUUUCGAGAUUCCAAAGUGUCGAGAAAUAAUCAUGGACCUGCUGACGUCGCCGAUGAAACCACUAAUGGAGCUACAAAUCACCGAGAGCGAGUACCUGCUGCUGAAUAUGAUAGUGAUUUGUAAUCCAGACAUCGACGGACUCUCGCCAAGAGGCCGCGAAAUCAUAUCUGAAAACCGUCAAAAAUGCGUGCAACUUCUUCUCCAGCAAUGCCUGCUUCACUAUUCCAGUAAAGGACCCGGCAGAUUACUGGAACUAUUGGCGAUCAGCAAUCACUUGAACAAACAAAUUUACAUUACUCAACAAUUUUUUUCCGUGUCAAAACGACACUGGAAUCCAUUCUUUUAUAUCCCGAGAAUUUUGGUGGAAUCGUGCAAGCUCGAGAGGAAGCUUUUUUAGGUUUCUUGCUGUGAAUUUUAUUUACUCAUUUUUAUGCAUUAAUAAUAAAAUCCCUUGAACAACAAACAAA